GGGGCGCGGGGGGGGUCGGGUCCCGGAGCCGUGUCCUUCAGCCCUCGGAGCCCUGCCUCGCAGCCAUGCGCCUCUGCACUUUCCCUGCCGCCCCAGCCAGGAACGCCGCCGCCGCCUGAGAAGUUGGAAAAGCCAGGAGGACUAACAGGGGCGUGUAAAGCAACCCGGUGCUACAGAAGGAGGAUGGAAAUCCUGUAUGAAUGUGGAAGCCAUUAGCAAAGUAAUUGCUGUCUAUUGCCAUGACAACCAGCCGUUGCAGUCACCUGCCUGAAGUCUUACCAGACUGCACCAGCUCAGCUGCUCCUCUGGUAAAGACCGUGGAGGAUUGUAGCAGUCUUGUGAAUGGACAACCGCAGUAUGUCAUGCAAGUUUCAGCCAAGGACGGGCAGCUUCUGUCAACAGUAGUAAGGACUCUUGCCACACAGAGCAGCCCUUUCAAUGACAGGCCAAUGUGCAGGAUCUGCCAUGAAGGCAGCAGUCAGGAAGAUCUGCUCUCUCCAUGUGAAUGUACAGGAACCCUGGGGACUAUUCAUCGCAGCUGCCUGGAGCAUUGGCUGUCGUCUUCGAAUACCAGUUACUGUGAACUCUGCCACUUCAGGUUUGCAGUAGAGCGCAAACCCAGGCCGUUGGUAGAGUGGCUAAAAAAUCCAGGCCCACAGCAUGAGAAACGGACUCUGUUUGGAGACAUGGUGUGCUUCUUGUUCAUAACGCCACUUGCAACCAUCUCUGGCUGGUUAUGUCUGCGAGGAGCAGUGGACCAUCUGCACUUUAGUAGUAGGCUAGAAGCUGUUGGCCUCAUUGCACUCACUGUCGCACUCUUUACUAUUUACCUCUUUUGGACGCUAGUGUCAUUUAGGUAUCACUGUAGAUUAUACAAUGAAUGGCGUCGGACCAAUCAAAGGGUGAUACUCCUAAUUCCAAAAUCUGUCAGUUUACCUUCUAACCAGCAAUCAUUGCUGGGCCUUCAUUCAGUCAAAAGGAACUCAAAGGAGACAAUCGUUUGAUACUGGCAGCUCUGCACUGGAGUUAUGCACGAAAUAUACUAAAACCCAUGGGCUCUGAUUCCAUCAAGAGCCUGGUACAGUGCUAUUCCGAUUUACAAACUCUGCAGAGGAAGAAAUCACUGUUUUAAUUGAAAUCAUGGAUGCUGCAAUCAUAUGCUAUUUGCUAAGCUGCCAAACAUGUUUAUUUAGCAGAUAUUAUAUGGAAUUCUACAAAUUCAUGUUAAUGCAAGCCCUCCUUUUUUAUUAAUGUUUAAAUAUAUUAAACUGAUAAUUAAUGUAAAAAGUUUUAAGAGUGCUUUGUUUCUACAGUAUUAUUUCUGUAGGUAUGUGGACAGGAAACAGAGCUGAAUUUUUAUUUUCCUGACUCAAAGAAGAUGGCAGUACAAGAAGGAAAUUGUGCUACAUUUAAUUUUAUUUAAAGGGCAUUUUAUACUAGGGUUAUUAUGUUUUUAAGGUGAGUUUUACAAAUGGGCAUACUUUUUAUCAUCAUACAAAUCCAUUAGAAAAUAUUCUCUUCAGUUUCUUGUUUGGUAGUAAAUAUCUGAGAGGUUUUUUUUCCCCUCAGAAGAAAAAAAAUGCAAAAUUU